AUGAGUGAAAAGACAACUACAAGCGAGUGCAUUAAUCGUCUGAUGAAUGCAUCAGUCGAGAGUGAUAGCGCCGUUAGGCAAAGUGUACCACAAAUCUCCGGUACAGUGCACGAGAAAUCAGUGACAAGUGACACCAUUAAUAGCCUUAUUUCUGCACUUGGUGAUAGUGAUAGUGAUGUCAGAGAGAUUGCAUGCGUAGUUCUUGGAAACAUGAGUGAAAAGGCAGUAACAAUUGAGGUCAUCGAUCGGCUAAUUUGUACAGUAGAAGAUAGUGAUAAGAAUGUUAGGUUAAAAGCAUCUGAAGCUUUGGGCAAGAUGGGUGAAAAGGCAGCAACAAGUGAAGUUAUUCAUCGGCUGAAUUCAGCACUUGGAGAUAGCAAUAUGAAUGUUAGGCUAAGGAUAUAUGAAAGUCUGGGGAAGAUCGGUGAAAAGGCACCAGUAAUGGAGAUCAUGAGUUGCCUAACCAGUGCACUUGGUGAUAAUGACAGUGAUGUCAUGGGAAGAGCAUGCGAAAUUCUAGGAAAGAUUGGUGAAAUGGUAGCAAUAAGUGAAGUAUUAAAUCGGUUAAUGAGUGCCGUUGGAAAUAAUGAUAGGAAUGUUAGGUUAAGAGCGUGUGAAGCUUUGGGAAACAUGGGUGAAAAGGCAGUAACAAAGGAAGUUAUCAAUCAGUUAAUUCAUGCCCUCGGAGAUAGUGAUAGAAGUGUUAGGUUAAGAACAUCUGAAGUUCUUGGAAAGAUGGAUGAAAAUGCAGUGUCAAGUGAAAUCUUGAGUUGGAUAAAUAGUACAUCUGAAGAUAAGGAAUGUGAUGUCAGGAAGAGUGCAUUGGAAAUUCUACGUAGCAUAGAUGAGAGAGCAGCAACAAUGGAAGUCAUUAAUAGAUUGAUUAGUGCACUAACGAAUAGUGAUUAUGAUGUCCGAAAAAGCGCAUAUGAAGCUCUGGACAACAUGGGUGACAAUACAACAAAAAGCGAUUUGAUUAAUCAGUUAAUCAGAGCUCUUAGAUAUAGCGGCAGUAAUGUUAGACAUGGUCUAUCGGAGAUUACCAGUACAACGCAGGAAAGUGAAGGUACAAGUGUGGUCAUUAACUGGCUAAUUAGUGCAGUUGGAGAUAAUGAUAGGAUUGUUAGGUUAAGAGCAUGUGAAGCUUUGGAAAAGAUAGGCGAAAAAGUGGCAGCAAGUGGGAUUAUGUAA